AUGGUCAAAACAUGGUUUAACCAGCCCAUGAGAAAGAAGCGGAGACACGCAGCUCGUGCCAAGAGAGCUGCAGCGAUCGCACCACGACCAGUUGCCGGUCUCAUGAGGCCCAUUGUCAGAUGUCCUACCUUUAAGUACAACACUAAGAUCAGGCUUGGACGUGUCAACAAAAAAGUAGCACGCACUAUUGGCAUCUCCGUGGAUUACCGCAGACGAAGCAUGUCUAUUGAGUCCCUUCAGCAGAACGUACAGCGACUGAAGGAGUACAAGACCAAGCUAAUUAUCUUCCCACGCAAGGAGGGAAAACCUGGCAAGGCAGAUGCUUCAAUCAGGUUCAAACCCGAGAAGGCACGUGUACCUACUGAGGAUGAGCGUAACCACAACGCUUUUGUUACCCUGCGACAGGCACGUAUCAACGCCAAGCUGGUUGGGUUAGGAGAAAAGAAGAAGAAGGAAGGGGAGGAGAAGGACAAGUAA